GGCCACACACUGGGCCCCAUCUCUGGACCAGAGGCUUGGCGAAAACGCCUGCACCUUGCAUCUGCAGAACACCUGGAGAUCUCAUCGAAAUGCGCGUAAAGGAAUAGAAGAGGAACUUCCCAGAAGCUUAUUCUGUCCCAGGCCCAUGAAGUUGUUGCUCCCACCCCAUGGUUGGCCAGUGAUGGUAUUUGCCACUGAUCUUGAGGCCUGAAAUCCAAGAUGGGAGGUGGAUGCCUCUGGGCAGUGGACUGGUGGUUAAGCCCAGCUCUCCUUCCUCAGCUUACCUGACUUCUGCAGGGGAGCCCGGCUCCAUGACUGUGACCUGGACCACCUGGGUCCCAGCCGACUCGGAAGUGCAGUUCGGACUGCAGCCUUCAGGGCCUCUGCCCUUCCGGGCCCAGGGCGCCUUCAGCCCCUUUGUGGACGGGGGCAUCCUCCGGCGGAAGCUCUACAUGCACCGAGUCACGCUGCGGGGGCUGCUGCCUGGGGUCCAGUAUGUUUACCGCUGCGGCAGUCCUCAGGGCUGGAGCCGACGCUUUCGCUUCAGGGUCCUGAAGAAUGGGCCCCACUGGAGCCCCCGACUGGCUGUGUUUGGGGACCUGGGGGCUGACAACCCAAAGGCCUUGCCUCGGCUGCACAGGGACACUCAGCAGGGCAUGUACGAUGCCGUUCUCCAUGUGGGAGACUUUGCCUACAAUAUGGAUCAGGACAAUGCUCGCGUCGGGGACAGGUUCAUGCGACUCAUCGAACCUGUGGCCGCCAGCCUGCCCUACAUGACCUGUCCUGGGAACCACGAAGAACGCUACAACUUCUCUAACUACAAGGCUCGCUUCAGCAUGCCAGGGAACAACGAAGGCCUGUGGUACAGCUGGGAUGUGGGGCCCGCACACAUCAUCUCCUUCUCCACUGAGGUCUAUUUCUUCCUCCAUUACGGCCGCCACCUGGUAGAGAGACAGUUCCACUGGCUGGAGAGUGACCUGCAGAGAGCCAACAAGAACCGGGCCAGCCGGCCGUGGAUCAUCACCAUGGGGCACCGGCCCAUGUACUGUUCCAAUGCUGACCUGGACGACUGCACCCGGCACGAAAGCAAGGUGCGCAAAGGCCUCCAGGGCAAGUUAUUCGGGCUGGAGGAUCUCUUCUACAAGUAUGGGGUCGACCUGCAGCUCUGGGCUCACGAGCACUCGUAUGAACGGCUGUGGCCGAUUUACAACUACCAGGUGUUUAACGGCAGCCAGGAGAUGCCCUACACCAACCCCCGAGGCCCCGUCCACAUCAUCACAGGAUCUGCUGGCUGCGAGGAGCUGCUGACCCCCUUCACCCUCUUCCCGAGGCCCUGGAGCGCCCUGCGGGUGAGAGAGUAUGGGUACACGCGCCUUCACAUCCUCAACGGGACCCACGUCCACAUCCAGCAGGUCUCAGACGACCAGGAUGGGAAGAUUGUGGAUGACAUCUGGGUGGUGAGACCCCUGCAAGGCCGGAUGAUGUACCUCUAGGGACAGGGGCAGUUCUU